UCUGAUUCCAGACUGCGGUCCUUUAUUGUUUGAAUCAAUCUAUAUUAUCAGAUAUUUCAGUGGUUAAAAAUGGCGGACGGUAUUGACAGACGCGCCGAUGACCGGAUGGAGUUCAACACCUCGAAGGAGGUCACUGUGGCUCCUACCUUCGAGGACAUGCACCUGAAGGAAAGCCUUCUUCGUGGUAUCUACGCUUAUGGCUACGAGUCCCCCUCUGCUGUCCAGUCCCGUGCGAUCGUUCAGAUCUGCAAGGGUCGCGAUACCAUUGCCCAGGCGCAAUCCGGUACCGGUAAGACAGCUACGUUCUCGAUCAGUAUCCUCCAGGUUAUCGAUACCGUUGUUCGCGAAACCCAGGCCCUCGUUCUCUCCCCUACCCGCGAACUUGCCACCCAGAUCCAGUCCGUCAUCAUGGCCCUCGGCGACUACAUGAACGUCCAAUGCCACGCCUGUAUUGGAGGUACCAACAUCGGAGAGGAUAUUCGCAAGCUCGACUAUGGUCAGCACGUUGUCUCGGGAACACCCGGUCGCGUUGCCGACAUGAUCCGCCGCCGCCACCUGCGCACCCGGCACAUCAAGAUGCUGGUUCUCGAUGAAGCCGACGAGCUCCUGAACCGCGGCUUCCGCGAGCAGAUCUACGAUGUCUACCGCUACCUGCCCCCGGCCACCCAGGUCGUGGUCGUCUCCGCCACGCUGCCCUACGAUGUGCUCGACAUGACGACCAAGUUCAUGACCGACCCCGUGCGCGUGCUGGUCAAGCGUGACGAGUUGACGCUCGAAGGCAUCAAGCAGUACUUCAUCGCCGUCGAGAAGGAGGAGUGGAAGUUCGAUACCCUGUGCGAUCUGUACGACACCCUGACGAUCACGCAAGCCGUCAUCUUCUGCAACACGCGCCGCAAGGUCGACUGGCUCACCGACAAGAUGCGCGAGGCCAACUUCACCGUCUCCAGCAUGCACGGCGAGAUGCCCCAGAAGGAGCGCGACAGCAUCAUGCAGGAUUUCCGCCAGGGCAACUCGCGGGUGCUGAUCUCCACCGACGUCUGGGCGCGUGGUAUCGAUGUCCAGCAGGUCUCCCUGGUCAUCAACUACGACCUCCCCACCAACCGUGAGAACUACAUCCACCGUAUCGGUCGUAGCGGUCGUUUCGGCCGCAAGGGUGUCGCCAUCAACUUCGUCACCAGCGACGACGUGCGCAUCCUCCGCGACAUUGAAUUGUAUUAUUCCACUCAGAUCGAUGAGAUGCCUAUGAACGUUGCCGAUCUUCUUUCCUAAUCUCUACGAGUCAUCUAUCUGCAAUUUCCUUUUCCAAAAGUUCAAGUUGCGCUCGAGCUAUGGCAUGUCCCGCAAAUCAGUUGCUCACUAGCUGGCACCCUUCCUUAUCACUUCCCACCAUGAUCGAAAGAGAGUAUCUAGGCUCUGGGCACGACGGAAAGUCAACACUAGUGUGGAGGAAAUGGGAAAUUUACUAGUCUGUUAUGUCACCAUCAAAUGACGCUUAUGCAAGGGUCUUGUUCAUUUUAAGGUCUAUUCGACGCCCGACCAGCGUUCUGUCGUAUCUCUUUGUUUACUAUCCGUGGCGUCUAAUCUUCGAUCUUCAUCUUCUGGGGUAAUUCUAGCUUUUUUUGGGGUUUCUUUUUCAUUGUCAGGAGAUACACUAUUUUCCUUUUUUUUCC